AUGCCCGGCAGCAUUGGCCGUUCCGUUCAAGAUUCCCCCACCGUACACACGAUGCACCGCGCGCUCCAUAUUCCGGAUAUCUUACAGCAUAUACUCAGCUAUUUCGACUGGAACGAUAACCCCUUCAGAGAGGACCGGGAGACACUGCGUAGCUGCACCCUCGUGUCCCGUGCAAUAUCAGAUUGCGCUCUGGCGAUUCUUUGGAAGACAUUGCGCAAUCUGCGUCCUCUGUACGCCCUCAUGCUGACGACCAAGGUGGGUGCCACGACUGGUUUGUUACCUGCAAGCCAUAAGAAACCCAGCGGGAUCUAUUUUGAAUAUGGAGACCCGUUUAAGACAUGGCAGCGACUUCAGUACUAUGCAUCAUUCGUGGUACAUUUGACUGUUACCCACAAUGACCCGGAAGGCAUGACGGCCUUGUGUCGGUAUGCACGGCAAUUCGGGCAUGGCAAAGCUCUGUUUUACUCCUUACGGCACCUGCGCUGGGCCGUGGGUCCGUUUACGCCCUUUGCUACAUGCCAAUUCCUCCUCUUGUCGCCAUCGCUCUGCUCGUUGCGAAUCUCUAUACACUCCCUCGACGAGUUCUCACAGAAUGUGGCUCUUUACGGAGAUCAACCUGUGUUUCAGACCAUUGCUCGCCGUGCGCCUCACCUGGAGGAGCUGCAAGUAGGAGGGCUCAAUAGUCUUCUCUACUUGGAGCCUAUUGCUAAUCUUGCUCAAUUGCGUGCUAUUGAGCUCAACAACUGUGUCGUCGACUCAUUGCUCUUCCACGCACUCGCUCCGUUAGCGACUGUGAAGGACGUCAAGAUCGUAAUUCGCAGCGUGGAUCUCGCAGAGGGCGAGGUGUACCAUCUACCAUCUAUCCAUUCUCUUAGUUUACAGGGAACAGCAUCUUGUAUAAAGGCGUGCAUGUCUGGUAUGAACCUUGCGUACCUGCGCGCUCUUCGUCUCACCCUUCCGGUGACAACAUCUCCUGUGGAAUGUAGCCAAGUCUUGGAUUUACUACUCAAAUUGGACCUUCCUCUCCUCGUAGGCAUUCGGCUCACUCUCCGAACCAGGUAUGACCUUGCCGAAUGGGACAACUCUCAGGCUAUACAUCAUUUAGAGGAUUACAUCCGAGCUCUCUUCCCAAUGCAUCAGUUGGAAGAGGUUUGCAUUGACGCCUACCACCUGCCCUUGAGGCUGUCGACCGCAGUGAUGAAGAGUAUGGCGGCGGCUUGGCCGAUGUUGAGGGGUUUAGCACUGCGCUAUCUGCCCCAAAGCCAGUUCUCGCCUCCAACCCCUGCUACGCUAUUGGAUCUCGCACAGUACUUGCCGGGUCUACAAACGCUUGCGCUAUCCCACCUAGAUAUCACCAGGAUACCUGCUACCAUAGAUCUGCACCAUCUGCACCAUCUACCGUCUAAUGGCCUACGACAUCUGUCCGUGGAAAUUCGUGGCAUGGUUACCCGAGUUAGUGACUUUGCCCAGUUUCUCAACACGCUGCAUCCGCAAUUGCGCGCGACAGGGACGCUGACUGGGCAGACAUCGACAUGGCCAUCCUGGUUGCAGAUCCCCAGGAACAACAGCACCGAGGUCUGGCGCUGUAAAAUUGACCUGCCAUCCCCUCUCGAUAACGCUUUGUUAUCUCUGACGUCCGUUUGA